AUGCGAUUCGUUUGUCUUGAUUUCACAUUGGAUUUCUACUUCAGGCAGUUUUGGACAGAUCCUAGAUUGGGUUUUAGAAAAAAACCCGGUGUUGAGACUCUGUCCGUCGGUUCGGACUUUAUUAAAAAUAUUUGGGUACCGGAUACGUUUUUUGUCAACGAAAAACAAUCUUAUUUUCACAUAGCAACAACUAGUAACGAAUUCAUUCGAAUACAUCAUUCAGGAAGCAUAACGAGAAGUAUAAGAUUGACAAUUACAGCAUCGUGUCCAAUGAAUUUGCAAUAUUUCCCUAUGGACAGACAAUUGUGUCACAUCGAGAUUGAAAGUUGUUUUUUUUUUUUUUUUGAAAAUAUAUAUAAUUUUAUGCUGCUUAAAAAGCUCUCAACUUUCUGUUGGCUAGGUUUAGAUUCGGUCUCUUCUCGAAGAAGCACUGAGCGGCGUGCCCGAGGGGGACUGGCAGUGGGCAGAAACUACUCUCGUUUAGCAUGUGAAAUACAAUUCGUCCGAUCAAUGGGAUACUACCUCAUACAGAUUUACAUUCCAUCUGGAUUGAUUGUUAUCAUUUCAUGGGUUAGCUUUUGGCUAAAUAGAAAUGCAACCCCUGCACGUGUAGCUUUAGGUGUAACGACUGUACUGACAAUGACCACACUCAUGUCUUCAACCAAUGCAGCCCUGCCUAAGAUAUCCUAUGUGAAAAGUAUCGAUGUUUAUUUGGGAACUUGUUUCGUUAUGGUUUUUGCAUCGUUAUUAGAAUACGCUACUGUAGGCUACAUGGCAAAAAGAAUUCAAAUGCGAAAAAGUAGAUUUAUGGCGAUACAAAAAAUUGCCGAACAAAAAAAUAAAGCCAAUUUAGAAGCUCAACACGGUCCUCAUCCGGGGCCCAUCGGUGAACAAGACCAUUCGGGGCCUAAACAAACGGUCCACGAUCCAAAAGCUCAUUCCAAAGGAGGUACCCUCGAAAAUACUAUAAAUGGACGUGCGGAUGAAGAAGCCGCUACACCUGCCCCUCAACAUUUAAUUCACCCAGGAAAAGACAUUAAUAAAUUAAUGGGAAUAACACCUAGUGACAUUGAUAAAUAUUCUAGAAUUGUUUUUCCCGUUUGUUUUAUUUGCUUUAAUUUAAUGUAUUGGAUAAUUUAUUUACACAUAAGUGACGUUGUGGCCGAUGAUUUGGUUUUUUUGGGACAAGAUAAAUAA